AUGACCAUGACCACCAUGCCAGAGAGCCUAAAUAGCCCCGUCUCAGGCAAGGCGGUCUUCAUGGAGUUUGGCCCGCCCGGGCAGCAAAUGCCUCCGUCGCCCAUGGCCCACGGCCACUACUCCAUGCACUGUUUACACUCGGCCGGCCACUCGCAGCCGGACAGCUCGUACAGCGCCGCGUCCUCCUUCUCCAGACCGCUGGGCUACCCCUAUGUCAACUCGGUCAGCAGCCACUCGGGCAACCCUUACAUGAGCUCGGUGCAGUCCUACCCCAACAGCACCAGCUUGGCUCAGACUCGGUUAGAGGAGACAGGGACCGAGACAGAGAAAAGCACCGUAGUGGAAGGCGGCGAAGUGCGCUUUAACGGCAAAGGGAAAAAAAUCCGGAAGCCCCGGACGAUUUACUCCAGCUUGCAACUCCAGGCUUUGAACCGGCGCUUCCAACAGACCCAGUACCUGGCUUUGCCGGAAAGAGCCGAGCUGGCCGCCUCCUUGGGCCUCACCCAGACUCAGGUCAAGAUCUGGUUCCAGAACAAGCGCUCCAAAUUCAAGAAGCUCAUGAAGCAAGGAGGAGCCGCCUUGGAAAGCAGCGCGCUGGCCAACGGGAGGUCGCUGUCGGCCAGCUCUCCGCCCGGGCCGCCGGUCUGGAAUACCACCUCGUCGUCGGGUAAGACCACCCCGGGCACCCCGGGCACCUACAUCCCCAGCUACACGUCUUGGUACCCUUCGGCCCACCAGGAGACUAUGCAGCAGCCUCAGCUGAUGUGAGGAGGAGC